UUUAUAAAUGAAUUGCUGCUGUACUGUUAAUAUCAAACACGAUAAUAACUAGCAGGCUCAGUUCAAUGUAUUAUCUUGUUUUGAAAGCUUGGAGUCACUUAGCGCGAGUUACAACGUUACUUCACCACUUCCGGUUUGAUCUGGUUCGCCAUGUUGUAGGAAGACUCGGCAGCUCCUCACACACUUACGCAACCCAGCGAGCUUGAGGGGAAGGUACCCUUGAGCAGCGGAUUUUAGCAAAACAGCAAGUUCCCGGGACCUACGCGGGAGUGGCACUAAGGCGAUAAUUGUUUUCUGCGAGUUCCAGUGUCUCGGAGAGCAGAGAAUGGAGCGGAAAUCUGAACACUGGGAAGCGCCGAUAUGGCCUCUGAGGGCAGAACUUUUUUUAAGUUGUGGAGAGGCAGAAAGUGUCUCCCUCGCUGGGGGACUGAGGGCUGGGGGACUGAGGGCUCGGCGCCUGAUUAAAUACACGGAGACUGAUAUGAGUUCCUUCCGUUUAGGGGGAGGGGGGUGCGGAUCGAUGGCGGGCCGCUCUGUGUGCGCACCCUCCGGCUGUUCCCCUCAGUGUGGGACUGGGGUGCCGGGGGCCCCCAGAAAACCUUACACUGUGGCCCUAGUUUACAAAUUAUUUUUCCUUUCCUUUUAACUCGUCUUGUUUAUUCCUUUAAUCACUUAUUUGUACAUGUUAUUAUCUAUUAUGCCAUCCUCUUUAUUCUCAUAUGUAAGUGGGGGACGGCCCUGGUAUAAAUCUACAAGGCAAAUGGCUGGGUGAGCAGGAGGGCCCACUGACAGCUGGGCACAGUGAGAGGGAUCCUGGUUGCCGUAGUGCUGCACACAGACAGUGAAAGCGCAUCCGCCUCGGGCAGAGAAACCACAGGGCUGACAGAAGGGGCUGUACACUUGCUGACGUCUCUUUAAACCAAUGGGCUUUUUUUUGACGACCUGACUGCUCCGCCUCCAUGUGCUUGUAGGGUUAUUUCAUGCAGGCUGCUGAGCUUGGUGCUGUUUCCCAGUUGCUGGCACAGACCCUUUACAUCUGGGAGAAGAACCUCAUGCACAAGAUUCUCUGGACUGGCCCUGGCAGUGUUUUAUUGUAUUAUUGCCACCAAGUAGCCACACAGGAGUCCGUUUGUGAUUGGCCACAUAGGGGGCAUUUAUUCUGCAUUUUGAGAUCCUGGGAUCCUUACCUGUCAGAGCUGCAGCAUUCAGAGCCCCCGACUGAGGGAAUUCCGCUACCAAUGGCCGGGUCAUAUCUAACAGUUGCCCUGUUUGUGUCACUGCUUCCCAGAGCCGGGACAGUGAUCCAUCGAGUAGCAGUUUCGUCAGACCUCAGACUCUGUGGGUUCACGUGCAACAAAGAUGGUAUUUACACACUGGUGGGCCGAGUUGAUAUCCUGGAUUACGUUUGUCGUGACAAAUCAGUUCAUUUUAAUACCUUGUAUGAGAGCAGAUUGCAGAUGAAUGUUUCCGCCGGCUGCUGCAUCAUCACCAAUGCUCAGAAGUCUGACACUGGGAAAUACCUGCUGCAAUUCCAGGAGUUUCUAAAAAGAAAACAUCUGGUCCAGACUACAGAAUGCUUUGUUAUAGACCCAGUCUCUGUGACCAACAUAAGCGUCAGGCACAACGGAGAAAAUGUGAGUGAUUCAGGGGAGACUGUGUCUCUGAGUGUUUCCUACAGUGGGGAAGAGGCGACAGUUGUGUGGGCAUGGAACGGGGGAGCCCUGCCUGAGAGACACCAGCUGAGUGACAGUAACAAGACUCUCACUGUACCCAGUACUGACACCGGCACAUUCACCGCCCUUGUCUCCAACCCAGUCAGUCACAGCAGUGCUCAAUAUAACCUCACACUCCCAAGUAAAGAAGCAGAAUCACAGUCUUAUACUGGGAUGAUCUUCGGAAUUAUCUCCGUUCUUGUGGUUUGUGUUGCCUGUGGAGUGGUUUAUUGGGCAUUCAAAAGAAGGCCACAGAUUGAUAGGUAUUCUCCACCUCCAGAGAAUGGACUGAACACGGAGGGGGGGGUGUGAGUUGCAGAGUAUGGUGGCACCUCAUGGAUCUGAAUAAUCAGGUGUCACUACAGCUUGGAUGCAGGACACUUAGUCUGCUUUCUGUCUGCCUUUAGCUAUAUUAUCAAGAGUGGCCUGUUGUAUUUGAGCCCACAAGUGCCUUUGUGCCUUUGCUCCAAUUGAAAAAGGAUGCAAGCUAAGAGGAAUGCAAACAUCAGUGUCAAUAUUCCUUUCCCACUCUUGUUAUAUGGGGUUGCUGUCUGUCACCUCUUUCUACAUGCUUAGGGGCUCUGGGGCUUCGCGUUGUAUUUUCACAUAUUCGCUGCUCUGUUUCCUUAACAGGAUAAAGUGAGUGAGAAAUUCCCAGGGAAUGCUAUAUCCUCUUGAAAGAAAUAUUUGAUAUUAGGUGCCUAGGGGUAGCCAAAUCAUUACAGAAAUCAAUGCGAGAAAGAUAGGAAAAGGUGAGUUUAGGACACGGAUGUGGUUUGGAUAAAGAACAGAGAGCAAAUGUAUUUACACAGGUAAGCAGGAGAAUCCAGGGAGGCAUUGCCUAUAAGAGGCAACAGUUGGUUGGGCUGAUAAUGUGGUGACAUGGGUCUUUGAGCCAGUUCAAAAAAUAUCUAGGGCAUUUCAGUAUGUUUCUGUUCCCUUGCUAACUGAGACAUCAGCCCAAUGCUGCCCCCCCCCCCCCAAGGCCAGGGUAUAAGGGGCCACUUCAGUAGUGCUGACAGCACAAUUCUGCACUAUUACCAAACCUAUAGUUAAAAAAAAAAGAAGAAUUCUUGGGUUUUGCUGCACACUGCUGCCUUACCAAAGCACCAUGUGGCAUGCACUCAAUCGGGCACCAGGGGGCAGCAGUGAAGGUUAAACGGCUUUAUUCAUAAAUACAUCCUGAUGCGCUUUGUGUGUAUACAGUGCUUCCCACGUUGUGCUUUGAUUCGGUGUUCCUCCCUGUGCUGCAGGUCAGGCAUUGCACCCGGACCACCAAUAAGAAGCGAUGAGUGACCUGACUGUUUUAAAGGUUUUCUGAGUUGUGUGGCUAAUUGAAUGGAGUAAACAUUUCUAGUAAAAGGUUUGGGGCAUGGGCACCCCAAACCUCAUCUGGUGAGCUUGUCUCCGUAUUUAUAAGUUGUUUAAAAAAUUGUAACUGGUAGCCAACAAGUUCCUUUAUAUACAUAAGUAUAGAUAGAUACAUAUAUAUAUAUUAAAAAGGCUGUUUUAACCUAAGAUAGGUUGGGAGCCUCCUUAUGGUAUAGUACACUGCUGCCUUAGGCAAGGUUCUCUCCUCACAGUAGCUGCAGAACUAUGCUGACACUUGGCUUCCAGGAGUAUCUAGACAAACAAAAUUGGCAUUUUCUCCAAAUUUCAUUCUGAUUGGCCAUUAGGCUGAGCUUUCCAGUCACUGCUAUGUGGAGAAUAAUGAGUAUUUAUAUGCCUUAAAUGCACAGUGAGCUCUAUUUAUAACUCAGGUAUGAUGGCAGUGGGGUCAAAGGGUUUGGGGGGUUUCUGUGCUUAAUAAAUUGCAAAAAAAAACCAUCUACAGCGGUUCUAAAGUAUUUUUAGCCGUCCUGACAGUGUUACAAAGUAUAUGUAAUGUGCUAUAAUAUACACUCACUGCACAUUGCGUCUUACUGUGCCAGAAUGAGUUGACUAGUGACAUUCAGGGCAAGAUGGUAUCUUCAGUUGUGUCCUCUAAUCUCAUGAACAACAAUCAAUUAGUGCCUUAAUGAACAAGAUCUUAGAGAAACUUUUUGUCAUUUUUCCUUGUAAUCUAUUGUGACUAGCCUAAAACAGCUUUGCUGAAUAAAAUGUGAUUUACAAGAUAA